UUGUGCAGGGGAAACUCAGUGGAGAGGAAGAUCUACAUCUCCUUAAAUAAAACAGCUCCUUGUGUCCGUCUGCUCAACGCCACUCAUCAGAUUGGCUGCCAGUCUUCCGUUAGCGGGGACACAGGGAUCCUCCACGUGGUGGAGAAAGAAAGGGACCUGCAGUGGGUGCUGACUGACGGCCCCAACCCCCCGUAUGUGGUUCUGCUGGAGGGCGAGCUCUUCACCAGGAGUCUGAUGGAGAAGCUGAAGGGGACAACCAGCCGGAUUGCUGGCCUUGCAGUGUCCUUGGCCAAACCCAGGCCUGCGUCGGGCUCCUCUCCUAGUGUGCAGUGUCCCAAUGAUGGGUUUGGCAUUUACUCCAACUCGUAUGGGCCAGAAUUUGCUCACUGCAGAGAAAUCCCGUGGAACCCCCUAGGCGACGGCUUGGCUUAUGAAGACUUUAGCUUCCCCAUCUUCCUUCUUGAAGAUGAAAAUGAAACCAAGGUCAUCAAGCAGUGCUAUCGCGAUCACAACCUGAGCCCCAACGGCUCAGCACCCACCUUCCCGCUGUGCGCCAUGCAGCUCUUCUCCCACAUGCACGCUGUCAUCAGCACUGUCACCUGUAUGCGGCGCAGCUCCAUCCAGAGCACCUUCAGCAUCAACCCAGAAAUCGUCUGUGACCCCCUGUCCGACUACAACGUGUGGAGCAUGCUUAAGCCUAUAAAUAUAUCUGGGGCAUUAGAGCCUGAUGACAGGGUUGUGGUCGCUGCCACCCGGCUGGACAGUCGUUCCUUUUUCUGGAACGUGGCCCCAGGGGCUGAAAGUGCCGUCGCCUCCUUCGUCACCCAGCUGGCUGCCGCUGAAGCUUUGCAGAAGGCACCUGACGCGCUGACCCUUCCCCGCAAUGUCAUGUUUGUCUUCUUCCAAGGGGAGACGUUUGACUACAUCGGCAGCUCCAGGAUGGUGUACGACAUGGAGAAGGGCAAGUUUCCUGUGCAGUUAGAGAACAUUGACUCGUUCGUGGAGCUGGGACAGGUGGCCUUAAGGAAUUCUCUAGAGCUCUGGAUGCACACAGACCCCAUGUCCCAGAAAAAUGAGUCUGUACACAAUCAGGUAAUCGAGCAUCUUUCCGCCUCACUCUGUUUCAACGGCUCGGAAUGUGGGCACCCCUCACCCGGGCCUGACCCCCGCCACCCCCCAGGGCCUACGGACCGGCUGCCCCGCUGUGUGCGUUCCACGGCGCGACUGGCCAGGGCCCUGUCCCCUGCCUUUGAACUGAGGCAGUGGGGCUCUACUGAAUACUCCACAUGGACUGAGAGCCGCUGGAAAGACAUCCGGGCCCGCAUAUUUCUGGUAGCCAGCAGAGAGCUGGAGUUCAUCACCCUGAUGGUGGGCUUCGGCAUCCUCGUCUUCUCUCUCGUCGUCACCUACUGCAUCAACGCCAAGGCCGACGUCCUUUUCAUCACCCCUCGGGAGCCAGGAGCCGUGUCUUACUGAGAGGAGCCCAACUCCCGCCCACUCUACCGUUCACAUCCUAGGCCACUUGUCCCACGGGGACAUAAGCCACUAGCGUGUCACUGGAACCUCUCUGGGCCUGCUUAGACUGGAAUUAACAUGAACAAGUAGAACUGCCCCGAAGAGAGAGAAACAAGUUCCCUCUCCUCUCCAGCCUCCCCUACCUGUCUGCCCUUCCUCACCCCUGCCAGAUCCCGGGAGGGCAAAUGGAAGCUUCUCGCUCCUGUUUGACUCCUAACUGCCCGCCCUAAUUUACCCUUCUUCAGGGUCCCUCUUCCCUUCUCAUCCUGCCCUAGACCGCCCCCUACUCCCCACCCCACCCCAGUCCCAACUUUCCCGACCAGGAAGGACACAAAGGCUGAAUGCCAGGAACAAACCACAAGGAAGCCCCGAGGUGCAGGCCAGGCGAUCUGUCUCCCUCCUGCUGUCCUGUCUCCAGACCCGUAGACGGCACCUCGGGGAGGGUGUGCUGCCAGGUCACCUCCAGCCCUCAGUGCUAGCUGUGAUUUUAUUAAGCUGUAAUACCUAUUUUUGUUGUUUUCUUUUUCCGUGUGUGCAUGUGUGUGUGUGUGCGCGCGUGUGCGUGUGUAAAUAUAUAAAUAGCAAGUUUCAUUAAAAGACUAUCCCUCA